AUGAAGCACCUUCUCCAAUACACGGGCUGCUUCUUGGCCUUCUUCUCUGCCGGCUUCCUGAUUGCUGCCACUUGGACAGACUGUUGGAUGGUGAACACGGACGACUCCUUGGAGGUAAGGCAAAAAGAGAGGGAGAGGGAGACUCCAGCGGCCACAAGGCUGGCUCAGCUCCAUCAGGUGCAGCUUUCCAGAGCAAGGAGGAGUGGCGGUGAGUGUGGGAGCAGAAUGUAUGGGUCUGGUUUCUGCAAGGACUUUGGACUGCGUCUUCCUUAGAAUGAAAAAGAGAGAGUUUGCAGGAAGGUGGGAGAACCAUAGCAUUGUAGAGUUGGAAGUGGCCAUGAGGGUCAUCUAGUUCAACUCCCUGCAGUGCCGGAAUCUUUUACCCAAUGUAGGACUUGAAGCCAAGACUCUGGAGACUGAGCUAUCCCCAGAAAACGUGAGAGGUCAGUAUGGAAUGCUUUAGGUUUUUGACCAGCAAUGCUGUUUUCCUGUGAUCUUCCUGCUAAGGUAGUUUCUUAACCAGGUUGUGAGAACUUUGCCAUCCCUUUAAAAGUUGUUAAGCUCUGUAUAUAAGCAGAACACCCCAUCAAUCAGCUCAGAAGGGAGUCUGGCUGGUGGGAGUCUUCAAGGUCACCCAGUGAGUUUAGCAACCGAGCAGAGAUUUGAACCCUGGUCUCCCAGGUCCUAGUCUUGACACGCUAACCACUCCCACUUUUAAUCUGUUAAAAUAGCACCCCUAAUUCAUCAGUGUGAUUUGUAAGAAGGGACGGGGGCUAUAGCCCAGUGGGCAGGGAGCCUGAUUCACAUGUAGAAGAUCCCAUUUUCAAUCCCCAGCAAACUAUUCCAGGCAGGGCUGAGAAAAACAGACCAGUGCUGUGAUUUGGGAUAAGGCAAGUCCCUAAUAAACUCCCUAAUAAACAUAAUAAUCAACACCAUCAACAUCAACAACUUCCUAAUAAACAUUAGCAAACAACAACAACAACAACAAAACCUGUUUGAACAGAUGGGAAAUGGCAAGGAAAUGCAAAUGCAGUGGGAAAUUCACAUAGGAAGCUGCCUUAUUUUAUUACGUAUUAUGAUUGUCAUGCAAUGCCCUUUUAAAAUGUGCUGGGGAGGUUCUUGGGUUGCUUUCAUUUUCAUUUUAUGUAUUUUGUAUUUUUAUGUUGUAAUUUUAUCCUGUGAACUGCCCUGGGACCUGAAUGUUUAUAGGGUGGUAUACAAAUUUAAUAAACAAACAAAUAAUAAUAGAAAUAUUUUUGUGUUUUUAGCUUAGAUUUUAUGUUGUGAACCACCCUGAGGUCAUACAAAUUUAACAACAGCAACAAACUCCUGCACUGGAGGGUUGGGCCAGAUGACCUUUGGGGGUCCCUUCCAAGUCCACACCUCUAUGAUUCCAGCUUAUCCUACGCUGGCUGGCAGCAGCUGUCCAGAGUGUCAGGAAGGGAGCCUCUCCCAGUCCCACCGGACUGAACCCGGGGCCUUCUGCAUGCAAGGCAGCUUCUCUGCCACCCGGUUACUGAAAGACUGCUGGGUCGCUUAGUGGGUGUCCUCUGGGCAAUGUCACCCCUGACUGCCAAGGGAACCCAGAAAUGGCAACUUUCGCAAGCUGCUUCUCUCUAGACUUAGGGGAAACUGGGAAAUCCAACACAGUGAACAGCAAAGGGGUUUCGUGUUUUUUUAACCUUGCCUCCGCGGUUCAAAGGCACCUCCAGUUGGACCACGUCCCCUCCUCUCCUCCUCGGUGUUUCAUUAAUGCGCCCUCGGGGUUAAGCGCAUUCAGGCUUUGCACGUCCCGGCGCUGCGUCUGAAUACCAACGCGCUCAGCGAAGGGCCUGCGGCAUUAAUACCUGACAGAAUGAGUUGAUCUCGCCACCUAAGCGGGUCAUUGCAUCCCUAAAUAUGGGGACGGGGGGGGGGUAAUGAGCCGUGUUCCCUGGAAAGGAGCCGGCGUCGGAUCAGGGCGGCCAGACGCUGGCUCAGCAAGCAGUACAGAGGAAGGGCUUUGCGCGAAGGAAAGAAGGAAGGAGAUACAAAGAGGAAGGAAGAGAAGGAGAAAGGGGGGGGGGAGAGAGAAAGGAAAGCAGUGAAGAGAAAAGGAGAGAGAGAGGAAGGAAGGAAGGAAAGAAGGAAGGAGAGAGAGAGAGAGAGAGAGGAAAGCAGGGAAGAGAAAAGGAGAGAGAGAGAGAGGAAGGAAGGAAAGAAGAAAAGGAAAAAGAGAGGGAGGAAGGGAGGGAGGGAAGAAAGAAAGAAAGAAAGAAAGAAAGAAAGAAAGGAAGGAAGGAAGGAAGGAAGGAAGGAAGGAAGGAAGAGGGGCUCCAGACAAGGCUAUCCGCCCAGAUCACUUUUCUUUCUUCCCACCCCCAAAUUUGCAUGUUUCCAAGAUUUUGGGAAAUCCCCCCCCAGUUUCAGCGCUUGGGGUGAAUUUCAGCGCCUGGCUUUAGGUUGCAAAACCAAACUGGUUUUAGGUGACUCUUUUCCAUGAACCCUCAGUAGCCCUGAGAUUGUUUUCCCAGCUGAAAUGCGUGCAGCCUCCAUCCUAGGGUUGGGGGCCUUUAGAGGGGGAAGGUAACAAUGUUUUGAGAGUUUUAGAAAUAAAAUGUGAGCGAGGGGGAGGGUAUGACAGAGGUGUAUAAAAUUAUGCAAGGCAAAGGGGAAAAGAGAGGUUGUUGUUUAGUCGGUUAGUCGUGUCCAACUCUUCGUGACCCCCUGGACCAGAGCACGCCAGGCACUUCUGUCUUCUGCUGCCUCCCGCAGUUUCGUCGAACUCAUGCUGGUAGCUUCGAGAACACUGCCCCACCAUCUCGUCCUCUGUCGUCUUCUCCUUGUGCCCUCCAUCUGUUGCCUUUCCGGCAACACCUCCUUGUGGAAUGACAAGCCUUUUAUAUUGUUCAGAAUCCAGACCCCAAGCCUGUUCCUCUCCCUUCCCAGAACAGCGUCCAGUGUCCUGUGUGCUCUUCCCACGCCUGCUCUUCCACUGGCCUCUGCCAGUGAUGGAAUUUAGGGCAGGGUCUCAACUGGAGUUUUUCCUUUGUAGUGGGUCUGCUCCCUGGCUGUGUGGUAAACAUCAUGGCAGGAAGAGGGUAGGGCAGCUCUCUCUCUCUCUCUCUCUCUCUCUCUCUCUCUCUCUCUCUCAACACCAGUGCCCUGUGGUGGCAACUUAAGGACAAUUGCAUUUAUCCAUUCUCUUAGAACCUCUUCCAUCAUCACCCCACACAACACACUAUAGUGUCUAUCUGUGUGUUUCUUAGGAACUGCAUGUGUUUUUGUGCAAAGUUAUUGAUAGUAUAAUGCACUUUACAUAUGCUCAUGUUAUUUUUUUAAAAAAAUAUAUUUAAAAAUAUGUAAGCUAUAGCCAAAGGUUGACAAUGGAACAAAUUAUCUAAAGGGAUUGUGGCCUCCCCCGCACUAGGCAGGCCAUAUAUUGGGGGUGUUUUUGCUCUGGAUUUCCUGCAUCAUUGAGUGGGAGGGUUGGGCAAUAGGGACAUCUCAUUCUCUAGCCUAUGCUUUUAUUAUACAUAUUCCUUGGCUGGAUAAGGGCAUUGCAAAAUUCAGAGUAGUGCGAAUUUCAAAGGACGGCUGUGUUCCAGUUCUUGUGUUAGUUUAGAAAGUGGAAAUUAAUUUUUGCUGUUGUUUAGUCAUUUAGUCGUGUCUGACUCUUUGUGACCCCCUGGACCAGAGCACGCCAGGCACUCCUGUCUUCCACUGCCUCCCACAGUUUUGUCAAACUCAUGCUGGUCACUUCAAGAACACUGUCCCACCAUCUCGGCCUCUGUCGUCCCCUUCUCCUUGUGCCCUCCAUCUUUCCCAACAUCAGGGUCUUUUCCAGGGAGUCUUCUCUUCUCAUGAGGUGGCCAAAGGAUUGGAGGCUCAUCUUCAGGAUCUGUCCUUCCAGUGAGCACUCAGGGCUGAUUUCCUUCAGAAUGGAGAGGCUUGAUCUUCUUGCAGUCCAUGGGACUCUCAAGAGUCUCCUCCAGCACCAUAAUUCAAAAGCAUCCAUUCUUCGGCAAUCAGCCUUCUUUAUGGUCCAGCUCUCACUUCCAUACUCGGAUUUAAAUAGAAACACAAUCCAUCUCUGGCAGCUUCAAGGCUGUCACUUCGGUUGCUGCUGCUUCCUCUUUGGACCAGACCAGAAGAUCGGCAGCUGCUGCCUAUUGAGUCAGGCCAUUGGUCCACCCAGAUCUGUAGUGUCUACCCAGGCUGGCAGAGGCACUCCUGGAUGUCAGGCACGGAGCUUCCUCCAGCCCUACCUGAAGAUGUACCUGGGACCUUCUGCUCACCCCAUUUUAAGUGUGCUGUUCUGUUUUUAAUCUCCGCAUUUUAACAUAUCUGUGUUUUUGUAUUGCUUUAAUUCUGUUAGAGUUUAAUUGCUUUACAACUUACUAUUUUCCCCAGGCUUUUAGCCUUCUGCAUUUUCCCUUGUGUGGUUUUUAAUUUGUGUCAGCUGCCUUGAGUCCCACUGUGGGGAAAUGGCAGGAUAUUAUCCCAAACUAUAGCUCUGGGAUAACACAGCCCUUCACAUAGAGGACUCAUUCACAGAAGGAACCAUCCUCUGUUGACUGGGGCACACAGAAUAACAGAAUGGUCAAGAGCUGGAAGGGUUCCCCAAAGGUCAUGUAGCCCAACCCGGUUGCAAGGCCACUCUAACUGAAACUGUAGGCUCCUUGGGGCAGGUCCUUGUAAUAAUAAGGAUGAUGGUCACUUUCUCCCACGUAGCUGAGCGCUACCUGCCGCGGCCUUUGGUGGGAAUGCGUCACCAAUGCCUUUGACGGGAUAACAACCUGCGAUGAAUAUGACUCCAUAUUGGCCGAGCACCCAGGUACGUCUGCUGCGAGUUUUUAUUAUUAUUAUUACUGGAUCAAUUCUGAAGGAAACAGGUCUUAGAGAAAGCAUUUACUGGGACAGGUCACCAUAAGCUGAAAAACUUGGGGUUUUUUUGUUUUAUUGUUUAUUUUCUUUUAUUGUUUGUUUUAUUUGGUUUUCACUUUAAUAAUAUCAAAAUCACGUAUAAUUCAUCAUAUAAACAGCUGUAUAAACACAAAACACAUUUAGUUGAGUUACAUGCUGUUCACUUCUCUGGAAUCGUUAUGCUGAUGUCAUAAUGAUCUGAAACUUUAUUUAUUUAUUUAUUGCAUUUAAAUAUCACAUUCUCCCUCUCUAAGGAGCUCCCUCUCCCACCCUCCUCCUUUAGUCCCUACAACAACCCUGUGAGGUAGGUCAGUCUGGAGGCAGCGACUGAGCUCAAGGUCACCCAGUGAGCUUUAUGGCCAGGGAGGGAUUCGAACCCUGGUCUCCCAGGUCCUACUCUGACAUGCUAACCACUGCACCACACCAGAGUCCCUCCCUUCUGCCUCCAGGCUCUUUCUUGUUUUGCAGUGAAACUGGUCCUGACCCGAGCGAUGCUCAUCACGGCUGACAUCCUGGCUGGCUUCGGGUUCACCUUCCUCCUCCUAGGCCUGGACUGUGUGAAAUUCCUCACGGACGAACCUGGAAUCAAAACCCAAAUUUGCUUCAUAGCUGGACUGGCUCUGCUAACGGGAGGUAGUUGGCCGCAGAAAGCUGGGACCUGGGUCGGGUGGGGCUGGGAGAUAGAAGGAGUUUAAACUUAAAAUGUUAAAAUGAUAAUAAUGCUCAAUUUACGAUGGGCCGGAAGGUCCACAGGCUAUGAAGGACUUGCUCACAAAUUUAUUGACAGCUGCACAAAUUAUUAUAGCCAGGAAGUGGAAGGGGCAAGCAGAAUAUAAAAUGGAAGAAUGGUAUAAAGAGGUGUGGAAUAUAGCUAUUAGUGAUAAAUUAACAUGUGCCAUUAAGGUAAGACAGGGAAUAUGCAGGAGAAAUGAUUUUGAGGAGUUACGGAGGAUGUUUGUAGAAUUUGUGCUGUUAAAGGGGAAAAGGUUAAAUACCAUCACAAGAGGUGUUGAAAUUUGGAGAGGUUGGAGAGGUACAAUGGGAUGGUCUCGGUGGUGGGUUGCACAUUUUUAUUCUUAUUUAUAUAUGAUUAUUACAUUGUCAAAAUAAAAAAGGGAUAAACUAUGGGAAAGAAAAAGAAGAAGAAAUAGGUUAAAGUUCACCUCAACUUUCUAAGCAGGCAGUUCCAGAGUGUAGGUGUUGCCACACUCAACAACUGAGCUUCUACAAGUUUGGAAUGGGGAUUAUGUGACACCCGCAACCUUGGCCAUAGCCAACGUGGGGCAGAUCUACAAAAAUUAGUGAAAAGCAUUUAAAAUACUCAAUUAACUGAGGUUCUGCCCCCCACAAAGCCUGCCCUCCGUAAUGUCCUACUUUGGGGGGUAUUUUUACCUGUGAUUUCCCCAAAAACUUUGGCUGCCCCUCCCUAACAAAAAUCCUGGCUACACCCAGGCUUGCAAUAGUGUCAAUUCUGCUAAUUGAAAUGUUCAGUCUGGUCUCAGGUUCAGUGGUACCUCGGUUUAAGAACAGUCCUGCUUACGAACUAUUCAUUAUAAGAACUCUGCAAAACCGGAAGUAAUGUUCCAGUUUGCGAACUAUAAAAAGUAAAGGGUAAAGGGACCCCUGACCAUCAGGUCCAGCCAUGGCCGACUCUGGGGUUGUGGCACUCAUCUCGCUUUAUUGGCUGAGGGAGCCGGCGUACAGCUUCUGGGUCAUGUGGCCAGCAGGACUAAGCCGCUUCUGGCAAACCAGAGCAGCGCAGGGAAACGCCGUUUACCUUCCCGCCGGAGCGGUACCUAUUGAUCUACUUGCACUUUGACGUCCUUUCAAACUGCUAGGUUGGCAGGAGCAGGGACUGAGCAACAGGAGCUCACCCCGUUGCGAGGAUUCGAACUGCCAACCUUCUGAUCAGCAAGUCCUAGGCUCCGUGGUUUAACCCACAGCGCCACCCAUGUCCCUUGCAAACUUUGCCUCGGUCUAAGAACGGAAUCCAAAUGGUUGAAGGGCACCAGCAGCGGAAGGACGCAUUAGGGAAAGCGCUUCUCGGUUUAAGAACGGCUUUGGUUUAAGAAUGGACUUCCGGAAUGGAUUAAGUUCGUAAACCGAGGUACCACUGUUAUUGUAUUGUCCCAUGCCACCCCAAUCUCCAGGAGUGAGAGACUCCGGGGGUUUGAGGCACUCACCCAGGGAUCCGUUUCCUUGGAAUGAAGGUCAGUAGAGACAGUGGUUUCUUCAGCUUAUAUGGUUUUAUUUACACAUAUUGAGCACAUCUACACAACGACAUUAGCACCCCAACAGAUCUCGCUUCUGUUGGUCGCAGCUUUUGAUCCAGCACAGAGCAAGCAGGUCUCUGUAUCUCCAGCUUCCAACCUGCUUUCAGCUCGGCUCAGAUACACCACAGCUCUGGCUAUUGUCUUCCUACUGAGCAGCUAAUAAUAAUAAUAAUAAUAAUAAUAAUAAUAAUAAUUUAUUUAUACCCUGCCCAUCUUGCUGGGUAUAACAAAACACUAAAAUACAAUAACCUAUUAAACAUUAAAAGCUUCCCUAAGCAGGGCUGCCUUCAGAUGUAUUCUAAAAGUUUGGUAGUUAUUUUUCUGUUUGACAUCUGAUGGAAGGGCGUUCCACAGGGCGGGUCCCACGAUCAAGAAGGCCCCUGCCUGGCUCCCUGUAACUUUGCUUCUCGCAGGGAGGGAACCGCCAGAAGGCCGUCGGAGCUGGACCUCAGUGUCUGGGCAGAACAAUGCUCCUUCAGGUCUACUGGGCCGAGGCCGUUUAGGGCUUUCAAGGUUAGCACCAACACUUUGAAUUGUGCUUGGAAACAUACUAAGCUAAGAGAAGAGGGUGGAGGAAAGCCGACACCCCUUAGCUUGGAAGCCUCCCUGACUUAGUUGCAGCUCUUGCAACCUGGCUCCAUCUUUUGGUGUACUGGUGAGGACACUUAAAUGGCCAGCUAAAAAGAAACUUGUCUGACCAGUUCAGCAACAGAAUCCUCCAUUAGAUUCUAAGCCUCACUGGGUAGAGCAGGCAUAGGCAAACUCAGCCCUCCAGAUGUUUGGGGACUACAGUACCCAUCAUCCCUGACCAUUGGUCCUGUUAGCUAGGGAUCAUGGGAGUUGUAGUCCCAAAACAUCUGGAGGGUCAAGUUUGCCUAUGCCCGGGGUAGAGGAACCAAGCACAUCAUCCAGACCAGUGUCGGAUUUACGUAUAAGCUAAACAAGCUCUAGCUUAGGACUCCACUCUCUUAGGGGCCCCAAAAAGUUUAAAGGGAAAAAACCGGGAUGUACAUUUCCAGACUAUAAGAUAAAAAACUAAUAAAAUAAAACCUAUAUCCAGCAACAGUGUUUUGUGUUGUGUAGGCUCCUAUGAUGUAAGUCAUGGGCCCCGUCUGCUCGCGUGCUCCUUAAAAUAUCAGUGGUUUGCUCAUAUAUAUAUAUAUAUAUAUAUAUAUAUAUAUAUAUAUAUACACAUACAUAUAUGUAUAUAUAUGUAUGUAUAUAUAUGAUGCAGGUGGCGCUGUGGGUUAAACCACAGAGCCUAGGACUUAUCAAUCAGAAGGUCGGUGGUUCAAAUCCCCGUGAUGGGGUGAGCUCCUGUUGUUUGGUCCCUGUUCCUGCCCACCUAGCAGUUCGAAAGCACGCCAGUGCAAGUAGAUAAAUAGGUACUGCUCUGGCGGGAAGGUAAAUGGCGUUUCCAUGCACUGCUCUGGUUCACCAGAAGUGGCUUAGUCCUGCUGGCCACAUGACCCGGAAGCUGUACGCCGGCUCCCUUGGCCAAUAAAGCGAGAUGAGCUCCGCAACCCCAGAGUCGGCCACGACUGGACCUAAUGAUCAGGGGUCCCUUUACCUUUAUAUAUAGGGUGCCUACAUUCUGCAUGGACUGGUUGCACGGCAACAUGUGCAAAUGGCUUGAAAUACCUAUGAGGUCCAUCAAUUACAAUAUAGCAUAUAUUCAACAACAAAAAACAGUGACAAUUUGUUGUUGACAAAGGACAGCUGGAAAUAUAAAGGACCCCAUUACCUUCACGAGCUGAGGGCCUCAUCAAACCUAAAUCCGGCCCUGAUCCACACUGACCCGUGCAAACACACACGAGUUCUUUAGUCACAUGGACAGAGAGAAGGGUUUUCUUUGACCCAGGCCACAGGAGUCAGCAAUGGGACCUCAUUUCAGCACUGUGGAUCAGACCUUGAAAAGUGACGCACUGACCCAUAACCAUGUGCAGAGUGCAACUUGAACAAUUGUGUCCCACCUCCAUUUUUCCGGGAGCAGGCCAAACAUCCUCCAGGUCCGGCAUAAUGUGGGGCAAUGGUCAGAGUGAUGCCCAGACAUGCCGGGGGGGGGCGCUGCACCCUUCAGUGCUGAAAACCUCCCCCAAGAAAACCGCGGCCCCCACACCGGGCAUUGCGCCUCCCCGUUCUGGAGUGUGGGCUGUUUGCAGGCUGCGUUUCUGCUACCAUUCCAAAUUCAGAGCAUGCAGUGGUGAAUGAAACCCCCCAGGGGUACGAAUUAAGCAGAGGAUUUUACCUUUCACAGAGCUGCAGGGAUUAAACGGAAGCCCUCCUGGGUCGGAGGUUGCGGGUGCAGCCGUGCCAAAGAAUUCAAAUUCCACACGAGGCAAAGCUGGAAUCUGUGACCCAGAUAAAUUAUGCAAACGAACCACCUUUGCAGAAACUUUCCUGUCUUUUUUUUGGGGGGGGGGGGGGAAUCAGCAUCCUGCCCAUCAUACUGUUCUAUAGAAUUUCAUCUGGCAUUUCCUAGAUGCUUUUCCUAAUCUCUUCAAAGCCACAUAAUCUAGAAACUUGUCCUUUUCUCCUCCCUCCCUCUCUCUCUCUCUCUCGGUGCCGGAUGACUUCUGCACUCACUGCCAUGUAUUCUGGGGUUCUGUUGCUCCUGUCAUUUAGUUUAAUGCAUUUUAAGAGACCAUGUAGCCAGAGUGGCUGGGGCAACCCAGAUGGGUGCAGUACAAAAAUAAAUAUUAAAUUAUUAUUAUGAUUACAGGGGUGAGGGGAAUGUCCUGCCCAUGCAAAUAAAACCUUGCUUUGCAGAUAUCCACACUGCAGGGUGGGCUAGGUAUUGUGGAUGACAAAUUCAAGGUUACUUUAGCCCUGUGAAUUCUGUACCAGCUGAAGUUUCUGAGCCGUCACACGUAUAACGCAUUGCAGUAAUCUAACCUUCAGGUUACCAGAGUGUAGAGAACAGUAGUUAGGCUCUCCCUGUCCAGAUAGGGACGUAGAUGGGCCACCAGCCAAAGCUGGUGAAAGUCACUCCAGGCCACUGAGGCCACCUGAGCCUUGAGCGACAGCAAAGGAUCCAGGAGGACCCCCCAGCUAAGAACCUGUUCCUUCAGAGGAAACGUAACCCAUCAAGAGCAGGAGAUCUCCCACACAUCUGAUCUAGGGAACCACAUAGUAAGGGAAGUGCAAGUUGAUUGUAGCAUCAUCAUUGGGAUAAAUAAUUUCUUUCUUACACGGAGAGGCAGAGAUUGGAGAAUUUUGUGGGGCUGGUUGUUGCUAAUGGUAUAAACACAUUCAUGUCAAAGACACAAUUUCCUUUUGCUCAAAACACAGGGAAGGGUGUCUAUUUGACCUGUAGACAAGGCAUUUCUGAAGUUAAUAAUAAUAAACAAGCACAACAGAUGCUCUUUAGCCUCCUCCUCUUCCUUCUUCUUGUUCUUCUUCCUGCUUGCUUUUUCACAAAUCUGCAGGCAGGCACCUCUCAUUUUCAGUGUCCAAGACCCCAGAGGAGGGUCACCUGUGGAUCAGCAGAGGAUAAUAUCCCAAACCUGGCAGUUAACAUCUGGUGCUUGCUCUGUUUCUUGCAGGGGUCCCUGGGCUCAUUGGAUCCGUCUGGUACGCCAUCGGCGUCUACGUGGAGCGCUCGACUUUGGUUUUGCAUAACGUCUUUGUGGGCAUCCAGUACAAAUUUGGGUGGUCCUGCUGGCUGGGGCUGAGCGGGUCUCUGGGCUGCUUCUUAUCUGGCUCCUUGCUAACCUGCUGCAUGUAUCUCUUCAGAGGUAAGAGCUGGGGGUGGAGGAGUCUGCCAUGCAAAAUGUUCUAGGCCGUCCCAAAUCACACCUCUGUGCCUUCAAGUCACUGUUCCCUAAAAUGUGCCCAUAAAAUGCUCGCCUUGUCUGGAAUCCUGGAGAUGUUGUCAUUGUGGACCAAGUCAUUGUUGUCAUUGUGUCCAAGUCAUUGUGGACAAGACUGAGCUAGAUGUUCUGGCUCAGAAUAAGGCUGCUUCUCCUGUUCCUGAGUUUAGUGAAUAGAUCAUCUACUGUAUCUCUCCCCACCACCUGGCCCAGCUUCCAGUUUCCCCCUAAGAGGCCUGGAUAUUCUGAAUUCCAGCAAGCAGCUAGAAUCAAAAGGAUGAAGACUGAUGCAGCGAUGCAUUGCUGGGAGUUGUCCAGAUGGCCUUUGGGGGUCCUGUCCAACCCUACAAUUCUAUGACCUCGGAAGAUGGUGGCUUCUCCUUCACUGGAGGUUUUUAAGCAGAGGUUGGAUAACCAUCCAGCAGUAGAAGCAUCAAAUUGCAGAGCCGGAAGGGACCCCAAGGAUCUUCUAUUCCAACUCUCACAAUGCAGCUAAAGCAUCCCUGACAGGAGGCCAUUCAACCUCUGCUUAAAAACCUCCAAGGAAGGGGAGCCUAUCACUUUCUGAGGGAGUCCGUUCCACUGUCAAACAGCUCUUAGCAUCAGAAAAUUAUUCCUGAUGUUUAGUUGGGCUCUCAUUUCUUGUAACUUGAAUCCAUUGGUUUGGGUCCUACCUCUUGUCACUUUUUUCCAGGGUGAUGAGGAACCAUUAGUGAGCACUUGUGGUGGUGGUGGUGGUGGUGGUUUGUUUUUGUGUGUUUGUGUGUGUGUAUUUCCGUUCUACAAUUUACAGUACUCAUUCUACAUCCUUAAGAUAUCAAGGACUUCCCUUCUUCUCUUUCCAUGGUUCAUUUUACAUACCUUAAAUCCUUGCAUGUUUUACAAAAAUCAGUAUUCCAUUAUUGCAUCCAUCAGAACUAAUUUACCCUGUUGAAUUUAUCUUAAUGCUGUCAGCAUUUUCAGCUGCACACAACUAUUUCCCAUGUAGUCAAGAAACGUUUGGGUUACAGGUAGAUAGCCGUGUUGGUCUGCCGUGGUUGAAACAAAACAAAACAAAACAAAACAAAACAAAAUAAUUUUAAAAAUCCUUCCAGUAGCCUAAGGUGCUACUGGAAGAAUUUUUUUUAUUUUGUUUUGUUUUGUUUUAUUUCGUCUUUGGGUUUGGUCAGUCAACCAGCUAUCAGUAACUUUGCCCAUCUACAUUUUACCAGCUUCUCUGCAAGAAUGUCAUGGGACACAUUGUCAAAAACCUUCCUGAAAUCAAGAUACACUGUUGGGGAUCCUUCAGCUGUGAUUCCUGUAUAGCAGGGGGCUGGACUAGAUGGCCUUUGAGGUUCCCUUCCACUUGUGCAAUUCUACAGCGAUUCCCGCCCCCCCUUCUAACCAGCAGUGUUUUGUGUGUGUUUCUCUCCCUUUCCGGGGCUCUGGGCUACAGAUGUUGGUGCAAGCAGUUCGUUGAGGAAGACUUAUUCCCCUCCUGGGAUGAGCAGCCUGUGCCGUCCAGCCUCCCAGACAACUACUGCCAAAAUGUACGCCAUGGACACCAGAGUGUGAGGAAGAGGAGAGCCUGA